CGCGCGCCCGCCCGCCGGGGCCUGUGCGCUGCGGCGCGUGCGCGAGCGGUGCAGCACCGGCCGCGGGAGCAGGGAGUAUUAUGGGCUGUGGGUGCCGCUGAGCAAGAUGGAGCUGUCUGCAGUGGGCGAGCGGGUCUUCGCGGCCGAAUCCAUCAUCAAACGGCGGAUCCGAAAGGGACGCAUCGAGUACCUGGUGAAAUGGAAGGGGUGGGCCAUCAAGUACAGCACUUGGGAACCCGAGGAGAACAUCCUGGACUCGCGGCUCAUUGCAGCCUUCGAGCAGAAGGAGAGGGAGCGUGAGCUGUAUGGGCCCAAGAAGAGGGGACCCAAACCCAAAACUUUCCUCCUGAAGGCGCGAGCCCAGGCUGAGGCCCUCCGCAUCAGUGACGUGCAUUUCUCUGUCAAGCCAAGUGCCAGCGCCUCCUCGCCCAAGCUGCACUCCAGCGCGGCCGUGCACCGGCUCAAGAAGGACAUCCGCCGCUGCCACCGCAUGUCCCGCCGCCCGCUGCCCCGCCCGGACCCCCAGGGAGGCAGCCCUGGCCUGCGCCCACCCAUCUCCCCUUUCUCUGAGACGGUGCGCAUCAUCAAUCGCAAGGUGAAGCCUCGGGAGCCCAAGCGAAACCGCAUCAUCCUGAACCUGAAGGUGAUCGACAAGGGCACGGGUGGAGCGGGCACCGGGCAGGGGGCAGGAGCCCUCGCUCGCCCCAAAGUCCCCUCCAGGAACCGCGUCAUCGGCAAAAGCAAGAAGUUCAGCGAGAGCAUCCUGCGCACCCAGAUCCGCCACAUGAAGUUCGGCACCUUCGCGCUGUACAAUAAGCCCCCGCCCGGCCCUCCGCCUCCCCCGCCAGCGGGCAAGGCCGACCCUGCCGCCUCCCCGGGCCCCGGGCUGCUGCUGGCGGCCCCCGCCGCCCCCUAUGACGCCCGCAGCUCCAGCUCCUCCGGCUGCCCCUCCCCGGCACCGCAGUCCUCCUCCGACCCCGAUGACGCGCCCCCCAAGCUGCUCCCUGAGACCAUGAGCCCAUCUGCUCCCGACUGGCGUGAGCCUGAGGUGCUCGACCUGUCCAUCCCUCCCGAGGUGGCGGCCACCAGCAAGAGGGUGCCUCCCGACGUCACGGCUGCCACGGGCCAGGCGCCUCCCGUGGCCCCUGAGCCUGCCGGCGCCUCCUCUGAGCCCGAAGCUGGGGACUGGCGCCCCGAGAUGUCACCCUGCUCCAACGUGGUCGUCACCGAUGUCACCAGCAACCUUCUGACAGUCACUAUCAAGGAAUUCUGCAACCCUGAGGAUUUCGAGAAGGUGGCUACUGGGGUAGCAGGUGCCACUGGGGGUGGUGGCGGCAGCGGGGUGAGCAAGUGAAGGGGCUCCACCGAGGUGGGGGGGGGCUGGGGGGGCCCUCCUGCCCAGAGCCCUGCUCUUGCCCCCACCCCUGCCCUCAGACACCUCUGCCCGUGCUUUGCUUGUUUCAGAUGGCUCGGUGUUGACCCCGGGAGGGGGCUGGGCGGUUGGAACCCCCCCGAAGCCUGGGGGAGCGGCCGUCCCGGAACGGAUUUGGGCCGGGGUGGGGCCAGGGCACUCAGAAGUCCUCCUCCUUGUCUCUUGGCACCCUCCCAGCCCAUGCAUGGUGGGGCCCGCUGGGGGGCUCCUGGGGAGCCCCGGAACCCAGAGUUGGCUGCCUCCUCCACAUCCCGCUCUCUCUCCCCCGGCUUGCUUCCAGCUCGCGCACACAGCAUCUGAUUUCUCGGUGCUAACCCGGCAGCUGCGGGGCCCCUUAGGAGACCCCUUCCCCGUAUGGGCACUGCCUCUUUCCUUCCCCCAGAUGCCUGGGCAGGAGGGGCAGGGAUGGCAAAGCCCAGACAGAGGUUGAGGUGAGGCCAGCUUCGGCCCCUCCCUCCAUAUCAACGAAUGCAGCAGGAGCUGGACCGGAGGCCUGGGUCUUCCUGCCCGCUUUUGGCCAAGACCCAAGCAGGUCCCCUUAGGCUCCACCCCACCCAGUCUCUUUCCCAAUCCCCAUCUCAAAGGUGGGAGGGACUGGCAGGGACCUCCCCUUGCCACAGCCUCCUAGCAUCUUUAAAGGCCCCUUCAGUUCUCCACCAAAGGUGCUACAAGAACCUGCUGUAGAAACUUCCAGCUGGCGCACUCAUCUGCCGCCCCUUGGCGUGUCUGUGCGCCUACGCAUAUGUGCGCUGGGCCCGGGCUUUCAGGCGGCCCCCUUGAGGGUUCCACGGAAUAGGGUCGUCGAAGGCCUGGACCUUUCCUUGCCCAGACCUGGCUCGGGCCCGAGGAGUUUGCUGUGGGGCCACAGGCUGAUCCCCUCAGCCCCCCAGUGCUGGUGUGUGUGCCCCCAAGCCCUCCUCCUCGGGGUGGUGGGCGCAACCAGCCGGGCCUCUGCUGCAGACACGGCAUGGUGGGGGCUGAGGUGGAAGGGGGAGACCCCCGCCCGGGCCAUCCCCUUCUUCCCCCGUCCCUGGGGUGGGGGGGAGGGGCAGAGGAGGGGGAGAGGAAGCCUGGACACCAUUCUGGGGGUGGGGGUGGGGGGCCUCCGGCUUCGCCCGCCCCCUCCCUCUCUCUUGCGGCCGACUGCUGAGGCUUCCUCCUCCCAGCACAGCCUGCUCGAAGCUGUGGGUAGCUCCGGGCCAUGCCAGUGGCCGUCCAUGCCAAUGGCAGAGACCCACCCCAGCUUUAGGCCGGGCACUGGGAGGGCAGGCAGGCCAAAGGGGGCGACCAAAGAGGGGGCCUGUGUUCUUUGGGAGGGGGAGGGGGGGCGAGACCAGGGCUCCCGUGCCCUGCGGGAGGCCACCCUGCCGGCCGGCCCCAGCUGUCAGUCUGGCCUGAAUGGCCUGUCCCUGUGCGUCGCCCAGGGGAGCUUCGUGGUGUGUGCGGCCAGGGGUGUGUCAGCCCAGAAGCGUGAUGGCAAAAGGUGGUCGAAGGAGGCAGAAAGGGAAUCCUGUUAGGUAGCAAAUGCCUUUGCCCGAAGUACAGGAGGACUCGUUCUUCCGAAUCUCCCUGCGGGGGGCUGUGGCGUGGCCCCCGUCCCUCCCCGCCCCAGGAUGUAGAACAAGGGCCCUCACAGGGUUUGGGGGGCUGGCACUCCUAGACCCCUCCCCACCCUGCCCUUUGUGUCGGCUCUGUGGCCGUCCAAGUGCCAAUUGGCUUCCCCCCUCCCCAAAGAAGGGCUGGUAUCUCUCCUCUGUCCUCGGAGGGGACUCCCCCCCCCCCACCCGACCCCUCACCCCAGGUGAACGACCACCUGGGUGCCAGUUACAGGUGUUUCCAGAGACCAUAGAAAUGUGUUUUCCUGAGAGUCCGUGUCAUUCGUGACUUUUUUUUGUAAAGAAGUUGUGUUUUCAGAGGUGAUUUUAUGACAGGAAAGUGAAAGAGUUAGUUUUGCAGAAAAACAAAAAACAAAAAAAGAGGAAAAAAAAAAAGAAAUAGAAAAAAAUAUCGUGGGAUUCCUAUGGGGCUGGGGCGGGAGUGGGGGGGAGAGAAAGAGAUAUUUAAAGAAAAACUAGUGAAGCAAUGAUUGCACAGGCGAGGUGGCAAUGUUAGGAACCGGGGACGGAAACCCAGACCCGGCUGCCGGUCCCUGGGGUCCCUGCUCUCUCUCCUUGGCCCGAGGUGGGGAGGCCUCCCUCCUGUCCUGGGCCCACACUCCACACCUACCCUCCUUCAAAGGGAAGGAAGACAGCUGUCCCCAAGGGAACUAGCCAGAACUGCAGGGGCCCGGGGCUUGGAGCCCACGUUUGGGGAGGGUGGGGGUCAGCGGGAGCCCCACUGUUGUGUCAUCGGUGACUUUCUCCAGGAAGGCUGGUGAGUGGAUACAGUUGGGUUCCUUGCUCUCUUCCGUUUGGUUGCCAGCGUGUCCCGUCCUCUGGUCCCUCCCUCCCCAUCACCCCAAAGACCGUGACGCCCCUGAGUUUGCCUGGCCGGGUGGGGGUUGCAGGCUUCAGGAAGAAGGAGCUGUAGACUCCGGGAGAAUCUUAGGCGGUGAUCCAGAGGGACUGGGGGGGACCAUGGGGGGAAGGGAAUGCCUGCCCCUGCCCCCCCGCCGCGUGGCCCCACCCCACCUCCGCACACGCAGAGGCACACGCGCACGCUGCUUCGAGGUGGGCACCUCCCCUGGGGGGGGUCUAGGUGGGCACAGGGUCCAGAGCAAGCGGAGCCCUCCUACCUCUCCGAGGGUGGCUCUGAGCGGGAAACCCAUAACCCCCCCCACACACACACACACACACUCUUGCACGAAUCAGCCUUCUCCGGGCCCUCCCUCUCCCCUUGCUGCUUUUCCGUUUACCUAACUACCAAGCAGAAGUCGCAUUCUGGUUCGCUUUAUUUUUAUAUGUGAAAUAUCCCUCAAAGCCCGAUCUCUUCCCACGUUCAGUAGCGGUUGGGGCAUCGGUCAUUCUCCCCUUAACGCCACCUCCUCCUCCCCGCCCACGUGUCAUAGGAAACAGGUGAGGUCCCGUGUCUCUGGUUUGAGAUGGGAAAUUGGGACACCUCCGUCUUCAUUUCCCUCUCCGACCCUGAGCGUGCCCUUCUGUGAAAUGGGUGUAUUGGGCGGCAAGGCCUCUUCGUAAAGCACCGCUGGUGUCCAGGCAGCUGCUGAGGAUCCGGUGGCGGUCGAGGUUGCUGGCGCCGGGGCCUCUAGCUUCCCACAGCCCCCUUUCAUUCCUGCCCCCUGCAGGGGCCCGGGGCAAAAUGAGAAGGGCUGAUCAAGGCCCGACGUCAGUGUGAGGUGGGCGGAGAGCGCCCCACUUAAGAGACCUGGAAACUAGGGCCCCACGAGGCAAAGCUGCUUCGCGGGGUGAAGCGCCCAGCUGCCCUGGUAUUUUGGGAAAAGCCCCUCCCAAAGGUGGGGGCCUGGGUGCCGAAGCUGCUAGAGAGCUGGCCGGCUCCCCGCUGCCGGGCGGUCUGGGCAAGAGGUCCGCCCCAAGGAGGAAGCAGUGAGGUCAGAGCGGUUGGGUCAUCACCAGCCUCUUCAGCCUCCGCGGGGACCCGAGUGGACAUACCACCUUUUCUCACCUUUCUGGGUUUUGUUGGUUUUUUGGGUUGGGGUGGGUUUUGGGGGCUUUGUUUUGUUGUUGUUGUUGUUGUUGGUUUCGGGGGGGGGGGUGGUUCUUUUUUUUUUUUUUUUUUUUUUUUUUUGCACUUGGCCCACGCCAGACGGUGGAGCCCCACAUGGUCAGUUCCACUUUCCGGCUCCCAUGCACUAGCCCAAGGCAGCCUCUUGGGGGCUUGUAUGGUUUAAGGAAUCACUUUGAAAAAGACAAGGAAAGUGUUUAAAGGUUUCUGUUUUUUUUCUGUCUGCAUCUCCUCUCAGAUUCAGAAAGGAGGUUGGGGCUAAAACCAGGAGCCUGUCUCCCUCGCCUGCCUCCGUCUGGCUGACAGUCACCAACAUGCCGAACUAGGGUGACGGGCCGAGCGGGGACAGAGGACCCCAGCUCCCAGGCCUGCGGGGUCUCCCUGCCCCACCUUGAAGGAGUCGGUACCCCACUCCGAGCGGCGAGUGAGCGCCAACUGUAUGCAGAGCUUCAGUUAGGUAAAGGGAGGCUGAUGGUGUCACGGGGGGAACCCCUUGCGAGAGGUCAAGGUAGAAAGAACGGGUUCUGGGGCCUUUCCCUGGCUGUUGGGUGGAGUGCAGAUGGGCACUUUUCGUUUCUUUUAAUUUAAAAACACAAAGGCCUAAAGAAACGUAUCGUAUGAUUUUUUUUUUUUUUUUUUUUUUAGUUUUUGAAAAGCUCAUUGAAUGAACUGUGCACGAAUGAAUUCUAUAUAUAUAAAAAUAUACAUAUAUAGCUCUAUAUCUGGGGAGGGGCGCGGUCUCUUUUCUCUCUCAUUUUAAAAAUGAAGUGUUGUUGCCUUUGUCUGUGGUUCAACCAUCCAGCUCCCAGCUGGCUAAACUUUGCCUCCAGUGGUGAAAGAGAGGGAACCAGAAAUGGAGCCCCCACCCCCACGCGGGGGUGGGGCCCCCAGUCCACCUGCCCCCUCCCCGAGGUGGCGGGUGGAGAAGACGGCUCGUUUUGGGUGUGGGUUUCGGUUCUGUUCUGGAUUCGGUUGUUUCUGGGCCGGGGGGAGGGGGGUCUGUGCCGAUUACUCUCGUCUUGUACGUUUCGUUCUGCUGCUUUUCAAUGUUGUAUCAAUGCCAGGAAGGGGGAGUGAAAAGCCUCUUUUGCCCCCCAAAUAAAUUGUCACAUUCCGAAGCAAA